AUGGCAGCAGCCUUCCGAUCGAUGAGUAGAUUUACAAAGAUCGGCAACUCCCCAGAAACAACUACAUCGACCGAAGGAACGGACCAGGUCAACGGGCAGGAGUCCAAACUCGAGUAUGCCCUCGCCCGAAGCCUCAUCAAUAAUUGUUCCCAGAAGAAAACCGACGCAGACACUAAUGAGUAUGGUCUCCAAUUACGAUUUGAAUGGCUCCCAGCAACCUCCCUCCGUCAUUUGAGAGCGGAUGGUCCCGAUUUGCGCACUGAUCCCCGCACCAUAUUCCAGCCUUUGAAAGAGCGAGAUCAAGAGUUUGGGGGCCUCAACGCAGGCCAAAUCAGGGACGACCAGAUCUUCACAGUGUGGGCAGACAACAUCAAAGACCUCCCCAACUGGGACUUCUUGCAGCUACGGUUCCUGGCGUGCCGCAUCCAUCGCUUAGGUGGGGGCGCAGAUCCCAGUCUUUACGAGCCGCCACGUCCUGAUUCGGAUGACAUGUUUGAAGUCACCGAGCUGCAUAGAAAGUUUGAGGAGAAGUGCAAGCUGGAGAAGCGUCUUGCCAAGCUUUACAAGGAGCUAGGCGGCGACAAAGAUGUCCUUGGUAUGGAUCCUACCAAGUGCCACUUUUGUGGCGUCAGCGCCCCAGGUUCGAGAUGA